UGGCGUUCAGAUAACAGCUGCAGCAGUUGGAGAGGCGGCCAACCCGCGCCGCUGCCUGAUGGACGCCAGCGCCGCGUAACGGUCCUCCGCGCGCUGCGACAGGAGGUCAGAGUUCACGCCGGCGGAGACCGGAGGAGCAGCCCGGCACCAUGAGCGUCCCGCUUUACGCGCCGACCCCCAUCCAGGCGCCCCAGCCGACUCCCUUCUACAUCGACGACAUCCUGGGGAGGACAGCCAGCAGCGCGCCCGUGUCCUCUCCCUCCUUCUCCACCUCCUCCUCGUCCUCCUCCUGCUCCGCUCCGCUCGUCCCCAUCCCCACGCUCCCGUCGCCCAACUCCUCCUUCACCAGCCUGGUCUCUCCGUAUCGGACGCCAAUUUACGAACCCACGCCCAUCCACCCGGCGCUGACGCACGCCGCCCUGACGGCCACGUACGCGUCGGCGGGAGCCUUCCCGGGCUCCGUGUACCCCUUCCACCCGCAGCACCCGCGCUCAGUGGGGGACUACGCGCAGGCGCUGCUGAGAAGCGACUCUCUGGGGAAGCCGCUGCUGUGGACGCCGUUCAUCCAGCGGCCUCUGCAUAAGAGGAAGGGCGGCCAGGUCCGCUUCUCCAACGACCAGACCGUGGAGCUGGAGAGGAAGUUCGAGACGCAGAAAUACCUGUCCCCCCCCGAGAGGAAACGUCUGGCUAAAAUGCUGCAGCUCAGCGAGAGACAGGUGAAAACCUGGUUCCAGAACCGCAGAGCGAAGUGGAGAAGACUGAAGCAGGAGAACCCUCAGGGGGGGAAGAGGGAGUUGGAGGACUGUGUCUCCGGGAAGAGUCUGAAAGCAGACCAGGCGAUGGAGCCGGUGGGGGUCCAGAGCCUGGAGCAGAGGCAGCAGGCUGGCCUGGUCUGCCAGGCGGGGGGGCAGCAGCCCCACACAGACCCGGACUCGGAGCUGUCAGAGGACUCAGACCAGGAGCUGGACAUUGAGGAUGAUGACGGCGAGCUGAAGCUAGAUGUCUGAAUACCUCCACGGCAGCUCGUUUGACCCCUGACGGAGAGCGGGAAGAACCGUUUUUCUCCUUUCCCUCAGCUUUGGAAGGGUGGAUGGAGGAAGCCGUCAGAGACAACGUUCACGGCUGGACUGUGUGAAUGUUGAAGGUUCAUCUCUGUUCUCUAACUGCUGUUUUCUGGGUUAGAAAUGCUCUUAAAUCUAAAAACUUUGAUAUAAUAUGGGGUUGAGUUAAUCAAUCAGUGUAACAUUCAAUUUAAAGUUUUUUUGUGAGUUUUUGUGUUGAUGAAACGUCAGGAAAAUGUUGUUGUUGCUCAAACUUUAGCAAAAAAGAAAAAAAAAAUAUAAAGAGACACUAAGAUUAAUUUGAAUAAUCAAACUUAUAACUAAAAAAAGGGUUUUCAGUUUGCAAAGAAAAUCUUUAACACAUCAGAGUUCACAAAAGACAGGAAAGUCUGUGUUCAUCUUCCUCUUUGUCUCCUUCACAGUGAUUCAUGGUUUGUUAUGAAUGAAUCCUAAAGCAGACUGAACAGCAUUAACCCUUUAACACCUGAGGCAGCGUCGGUGACGCUUAGACAAAAUCUUUAACUUUUCAACCGUUAACACGAUCAUUCCAGUAGAUUCUGAACAAGCCGCUUUUCUCCUUCACAAUCUACUGGAAUGAUCGUGUGAAUUAUCAUGUUUACAGUUGAGAAGUUACAGUAAAUCAGAGAACAUAAACACUGGAACUCCAGUUUUUCAAAUGGUUCUAAAUAAAUGUUUAAAUUUACUGUAAUUAAAGGACUUUCUGGAUAAAUAAUUCAAGUCUUUGCAGCUUUGAUUCUAAUUUAUUGAUCCAGCAUUUUGUCAAACCUGCUGUGCUCAAAAGAAACAGAGAACACUCAGAAAUGUACUUUUAUACAUAAUAUUAAUAACAGCAAUUCAUAUAAUUUUACAAAAUUAUUCUGUAUUUUAAUAAAAAAAAGAGCCAAAGAGGAACGAAGUAGUUCAUAAAAUGAGUCUAUCAGAAGCUAAAACAUCGAUUCGUUCAGAAAAAAUGUCCUGUUCUCCAAAAGAAUGCUCUCAUAGACAUCAUCAGAAAGGGUUAGGUUAUAACAGCAGAGCUCGCUAGCUGGCAGAAGAGCAUACUAGCAUGCUACUGUGGAGCUCACUAGCAUGGAACGGAUGAGCUCGCUAGCAUGCUGCAGAAGAGCUCGCUAGCAUGCCACAGUGGAGCUUGUUAGCAUGCUAUGAUGUCAACUGGGCCGCUGGAUAGUGUAGCGAGCCUACUCACUCUGUGUCCACUUAAGCCAAUGUGGGCCAACACAGAUGGUUCCAACACAGAAACUGUGGAUAAACCCAUUUGGGGUCCACAUUUUCUGCUCUCAUUUGAACCACAUGGGCCCACUUGGCUUUGCUGGCUGAGAGAGAAUGCUCUCUUCUGAGAUUAUCAGUGUGGUUUGGAUCAGCAGGAACAGUUUAAACUCAAAAGCCUCAUUACCAACUAGCUGAGUGAAAGUUUUAUUUUCAGUCUUUGUUUUGUAUUAAUUGCUUGUUUGCUUUUUUCUUAUACUGGUUUAAAUGUAAAAUUCCCUUUUCAACCAGUAUAAGAAGAAAACAAACAAGUAUAUCAAAAACAAAAACAAUCAGACUGAAAGGUUGAGCUUGUACACCAAAAUACAUGAUUUUUCUAUUAAACUUCUUACUGUCUAUCCUGA